AUGGCUCGUCGCGAAUCGCGAGAGCAGUACGACAUCUAUAUGACAGGCUCUAAUAAUCAUGGCCAGCUGUUCCCGCGCGAAACAGGAUCCAAUAUAUCUACUUUUCGCCUUCGCUUUGCCGACCAGCCUCCUCCAGCGUACAGAUCGUUCGACAUUCUGUACGUAGAUAGCAAUACCACGGUGACACUGGUAGACGACGUCAUCGCUAGCGAAGGUCGACAACGCCAUUGUGCGCGCAUGUUUACCAAGCCUAUACUUGGAACUGCUUGCGGCCAUCCAGAUGUCGGUAUGCUUGGCUUCGUCGACGAGCGAAGCCAGCUCAAUCUUGUGCGGCCAUAUCCUUUACCGGGACAGAUGGGGGAAAACUGGGAUGUCACUCCUGCUGCUCCCUAUGGACUCGAGAGGAAUGCUGUUUUUGUUACAUCUGUGUUACGGCCCGAGAGUCCGAAGCUUGGGCUUGUUGCCAUGAGUCCGAAUGGGAGCGUAGUUUGUACGAUCGAACACCGGGAGCAUGAAAGUGCAGAGUUGAACGACGGUGGGACGGGCGACGUAGGGAGAUAUAUUCUUCUGUUCGAGAGCUGCGCGAAAUUCACGACAUGGCAUGCUCAAGGAGACGAGCCAAGCGAAGAUCAGCCCACGGGACGGUGGACCUUCUGCGGUGAGCCUUUACAACUAGUUGCUUUUGACAGACACUUCCUACUAUUACUGGACAUUGGUAUCGUACAUGUGCCCGACGCGGAUGAUCAUGAUUCUCAGACCAUUCAAUCUCAAGGAGAUGCUUCCAAAGCUCAACUGCCAAGGACCAUGAGCGGACUGGAAAGUGUGCUGGUAGAAAAGAUCGCAGCAGGGAGUCGAUAUGGAGCAGCUAUAUCAAGACAAGGGAAACUUUACCUAUGGGACAGUCGAGGAGCAGACCAUGACGACCAUCUAGCAUGUCUUGAGAUGGCUCAGCCCAGUGUGGCCAUGCUCGUUCCAGUCCACGACAGCAAUCAUAGGCUCGUUCCUGGUAUCCUCGAUAUAGCGGUAGGCUCUUCGCAUAUUGCCAUUGUGACGACGGACCAUAGAUUGUUCGCUAUUGGGAGCAACGAUCAUGGUCAACUCGGCUUGUUGAACGACCAGCAGCAACGAUUUCAUCUCGACUGGAUCGAAAUAAAGCAGCCCAAGAACGUGCACCGGGUCAUCUGCGCACUGGAUGCUACCGUAGCGUUCGCGACACCUAAAAGUGUACCCUCCAGUGACUAUGACGAAGACGAGAUAUUUAAGCUCAUGACCUCAAUCUACCUUACCGCAAUCCGCAUGGGCAUGUUCGAAGACCACGAAGUCACCUUCGCACCUCCACAAGGCCAUGAAAUCGACCUGUCUCAGCUCGAGCACCAUGCAGAUCUAGACCCUCGCUGUGUAUCUCUGAUGAGAAAGCUACCGUACGCACCAGCGGGCUAUCGAUGCGUGAUCUAUGAGAUGGAAAGUGUCGACUACAGAUCCGCAGAGAUUAUCCGUGAGACGAAAUAUAUCGAUCAUCCCGUCAUGCUGACGCCCGGUCCCGAAAAAACCGAAGGACUGCAGUGGAAGGCUAGGCCGGUAGACAUGUUCCUGCUUCAUAGUAGCGAGGGGGAUGAUCCCUCGCUCGUGUUAGAUGUGGAGAAUAGUAAAUCCCUCGCUACCAUUUCCGGUACGACAGAUCUCGACUGA